CAACUUCAAAAAAAAAAAUAUCGAUAUGAAAAAAUUGUCAGCCAUAUUGAAUUCUACCAAGUUUUUCGCUAGAGCCAGAGAACAAGGGUCUCACAGUGAUAGUUUUGCCAUUUCCAACUUAAAUUCAAGGGAGGAAUACAAUAAAUAAAUCUCCUCGAAAAGAGACAAAAACCAUCCAAAAAUAGGAUCCACUCCACACAAAAAUACUAAGGAUUCCGAUUAUCACAGGAAAACAGGACAUACACGCAAUCUACGUCCGUUGUGUGUAAUUAAACGUCGUCGUCUACUUCGUCUACUAUCUACCUACAAAUCUGAAUUUACAGAUUCUGGCGAUUGUGUGCUGCGCUGUAAAUGUCGCCACCAACACCACCAUCACCACCCAUAAUCUCCCGGCAUGUCCGAGAUGAGGAGGAGCAAAGGACUAACAGCAGUAGCAAGAGUCAUCAUCGAACGGCUCGUGAUUAUCGUGCUACAAGUCGCUCGCGUAGUCCACGAGGAGGACGUGGUCGCAGCAGUCGUGUGGUGAGUCCAGACCGAGAACGCAGGCAUAGGCAACGAACACAUUCUAGAAGCCGUAGUCGCGAUACAAGUCGCUAUCGCAGCGGCGGCAGCAGGAGACACAAUAGAGUUGAACGGUCUUCAUCAAGACAUCGAUAUGAACGAUCUCCAUCGAGGUCGAAAGGGCGAACUGAAAGACAUGGACGUUCUUCUCACAGAAGUCGUUCACGUUCAUAUUCAAAAUCACACAAGACUUCUUUGCACAGAUCUAGAAGCCGUUCGCGAUCACACUCUCGACGACGUAGAAAUCGUUCACGAUCGGGCUCGAGAAGUAACCGAUCACGACAUACUCGCAGUCGCAGCAAGCAAGCCUCCGAAAGUUCAAGUAAACAACCAAAUGUGAUUGUUUUAUCCACAGAAUCGUACAAAGAUUCACUCAAAUCAAGUAGCAGGCUACCAUCUGUGCGAGAAGAGCCACAAACAUCAUCCACAUUGUCGUCGUCGUCGUCAACCUCGACUGUUACAAGACCACCACAGCCACCAAUGAGAGAAGAAACGCCAUCAUGGAAGAGGGCGAAAGUGGAUCAAGUUGGUGUGUACUCGAAUCUAGAGCCAGAUGCUCCAAUUGACAAAGAGAAAAUUCACAAAGAAAUUGAAGAAAAACUCCGUUUGGCAUUGGCCAGAGAAGGCAAGGUAUAUCCGUACCCUAAACCAGAGCCUUCCCACCCGGUUUUUGCAAACGAUGGUUCAUUUCUUGAAAUUUUCAAAAAAAUGCAACAACAACAGACAUUUGUGCAACAGCAAGUUGGCGAAAGUAUGCAAAUUCAUGCCGUGCCCGCAGCUCCAGUGGCUCCUGUAAUGCCAGUUGCUUCAGUUCAACAACAACAUCACCAUCCUCCACCCCAAUUGCCGAUUUUCGGUCGAAGACGUGGCGGAAAGAUUCUUAAAACUGGGGUAGUUGCCAAGCCAUCAGCAUCGAAUGACUCGGAAACGGGUGAUGUCAAAGACUUUUGGUCGAUUUAUUUACGAGAGGUGAAAAAGUAUAAAAGUACAGCCUGUGAAUCGGAUAGUAAAACGAGACCUCUUGUUCGAUAAAUUACAAAAUCCCAACAACAACAAAAUACAAUAUUCCCCUACAAAUUUUACUCGUAUCUUUUUUUUUUUGAAAAUAAUAGAAAACUAAAAAAAAUCAGUUCCAUUUCUUAUUAAAAUUACAAUUAUGCAUAGAAACCACAGUGUGUAUAGUCUUUAAGAAGUUUAAUAGCUGUCGAUUAUUAUCUAGAUGUGAGUCUCUCUUCAAUUGAUUACAUCAGAGUAGAAUAUUAGCAGUUAUUAU